CUGCUCAUCUGCACCACGUGACACACGCGAUGGGCAACGUCAUCACUUCUCGACGCUGCUGGUUACCAUAGAGACGGGAAGAGAGUCCUUCGGCACCACUACGUCGUAGGGAGGAUGCCUCGACCCAGUGACAGCCUGUGGGACAUAGCUAUAGCUGAAGUACAAAAAAAGGAAAAUGCUGGAAACGAAGAGGACCCUGAAGCAGCUGUUCAUUCUGAGCGAUCAGUCUUCUUCAUAGGCAACAAAAAUGGGGGAAAGACAUCUAUUAUUCUUCGAUGUCUUGACAGGGAUGAAGUGUCCAAGCCAACCUUAGCCCUAGAGUAUACAUUUGGAAGAAGAGCAAAGGGACACAGCACUCCAAAAGACAUUGCUCAUUUUUGGGAACUAGGUGGAGGGACAUCGCUGCUGGAUUUAAUCCGCAUCCCGAUCACAAGUGACAGUUUAAGGACAUUUUCUCUGGUUCUUGUUCUUGACCUUUCUAAACCGGAUGAGUUGUGGCCGACAAUGGAGAACCUUCUUCAGAAAACCAGGAAUCACGUGAACAGAGUCGUGGCAGACGUUGGAAAGGCAAAUUCCAAACUAGCUAAUCAAAUAAAACAGAAUAUGUGGCAGAGUAUGCCCAAGGACCAUCCAGACAGAGAAUUAAUCGAUCCAUUCCCUAUACCUUUAUUAAUUAUUGGGAGCAAAUAUGACAUUUUUCAGGACCUCGAAUCGGAGAAAAGAAAAGUUAUAUGCAAGACUCUUCGAUUUGUAUCACAUUUCUAUGGAGCCUCAUUGAUGUUCACAAGCAAAUCUGAAUCACUUAAAACAGUAACCCGUUCGUAUAUUAAUCAUUUGGCAUUUGGACUGGACAGAAGUAAAUCUGUUGUGGUGGAUCAUAAUAAACCACUUCUCGUUCCAGCCGGGUCAGACUCAUUAAGCCAAAUUGGGUCUCCUCCAGCCUCCAGUAGUGACUUACGACAGUUCAGCGGGAGCACACCCAUGGAGUUAUGGAAGAAUGUCUACAUGAGAUAUUUUCCUCCACAGAAUGCAAGGGACAGAAAAGAUUUGAAAGACCCUGCUAAAGAUCCACAGUACGCCGAAAGUGAAGUUGAUGCCAUGAGGGCUCAAAAGGAUCAGGAACUGGAGCAAUAUAAAAGAAAUGCUGAUAAGUCAUGGAAAUCAAUGGUUCUUGAGUCUCAUACACGGUGAGACCUUUGGAUUUUGUAUCCUCGUGUGUUCAAAUGUUUAUUUGGAGAUAAUUAAAAUACCACUGUCAUAUAAAUAAAUAAAAUAAAUGUGCUUUAUAUUGCAUAAACUAAAUGUUCUAUUUAGCACACACAUUGUAUCUACCACGGUAACAGUAACUAAACCGGUGGCUUUUAAAGGGACACACACCUUCCCAUGCACACUGUGUGGAAAUGCGUAUCUAGCCUCCCUUUAAGAGAAGUACGCCAUCAUAUUAAAAGGCCAUUAGCCGUGUUGGUUUGGAUAUUGGUGUCAAAUUAAAUGUUCUAUAUUUUUGGGGGGGUUGAGCACCUGUUUUUGAUUGUGGAUAUCGCAUUGUGUAAUUCAAUAAAAGGUUGAUAAACACUUCCUGAA